GGGGCGACGCCGAUUUACACCAGCCGGCGACCAGAGCCGGUGUCAGACCCUGCAGCGGGGCUGGGCGGGGAACCCGGAGCUGGGGGCGUCUCCCGCAGCCUGUUUCAGGCGCCCCCUGGCUUGCAGGGGCGGAAUCCGGUGCUCGCUUUGCGCCCGUGUGAACGAGGCCGGGGCGGGUCCAAGGCGGGGCCGGGAUCACAUGAGCGGAUGCGGCGAGGAGCGGUAGCUGGGCCUGAGCGAGCCGGGCCGCCCCGCGGACAUGGGGCAGGGGGGGAGCCGGGCUCCCCCGGCCCCGCUGGACCUGAACCCGCUCCCGGACGAGCUGCUGGCGCUGAUCCUGAGCUGGGUCCCGGGCCGCGCCCUGCUGACCCGCUGCCGGCCGGUGUGUCGCCGCUGGCGGGACCUCAUCGACGGGCCCACGGUCUGGCGGCUGCAGGGCGAGAGGCGGCCGGGCUUGGGGGCCACCCUGGCGGCCGCCCGCCUCUGCCCCCCGCCGCGGUGGAGCCGGAUCUGCCUCCUGGAGCCCUUCGGGCGCAACCUGCUCCGGAACCCCUGCGGGCAGGAUCAGUUCUCUCACUGGCAGGUGCAGCCUGGGGGCAAUGGCUGGCAGGUGGAAGAGAACCGCUGCCUGGUCGAGGGCGCCCCGGCCCAGACCUGCUUCGUCUCAUCCUUUGCGUGAGUCUGUCCCCUGGGCCUUCCCAUUUGCCCACCACCUUCCCCAUGCAGCAGAAAGCUACCCGUUCUCCAAAGGCCAGACUGGUCCUGGUCUGGCAUGUGCCCUGUACCUUGUACCGUAUUAUACCAAAUAUAUGUAAACACCAGUAAA